ACAAUAGCAACAGCCUCCGCUUAUCUGUACCUUCCUCCGUGUAUGUGCGCUAGCAUUCGACUCUAAUGAAGUACUACUGUUUGGGAACAAGGCACGUUUGGUCAAGCUGCCGACUCGGGUUAUAUGACUCGGUACGAUCCGACUACAUAACAAAGCAUGCAACAGCCAACUGCGCAUUCUAUCUACACCAACGUGCGACUAUGUCUACCAACACGCUCGAAUACAGCAUCGUCGACGUCUUCGCGGACGCUCCAUUCCGUGGCAAUCCCGCAGGCGUGGUCAUCACGCCCGAAAUCCUCCCUACGGACGUGAUGCAGGAGAUCGCACGCGAGAUUAACCUUGCCGAAACGGCUUUCGCCGUGCUCGACUGCCCGGUGCUGUCCGAGUCCGUGUACCGGCUGCGCUGGUACACGCCCCUCGACGAAGAGAAUUUUUGCGGCCACGCCACGCUCGCGACCGCGCACGUCCUGUUCUCCCAAACUCCUGCGGGUCCGGCGAAAUACGAGUUCGAGACGCUCGCGGGCACGUUGACGGCGGAGAAGGUGGGCGACCGUGUCGAGUUGGACCUGCCGGCGGACGACCUGUUGGAGAUCGGCAGCGCCCCGGGCGAGGGCGUGUUUGACCCGUUGGCGGAGACGGUGGAGGAGGCGCUAGGCGGGCUGGCGACGCUGAAGAGGGCGGUCCAGGGACGACUGGAUACGGUCCUCGAGCUCCAGCUCGUCGAGGGCGUCCACCUCGCAGAGUUGAGAGUCAAUGAAGGGCCGCUGGCUCGUAUUCGGACGCCGCGCGGGGUGAUCCUGACGACUUUGCUCUCGACGGAACUGGAGGGGACGGGACCGCAUAUACACUCCCGCAUGUUCUCUCCGGCGGACGGCAUGCCUGAAGAUCCCGUCACGGGCUCGGCCCAUUGCACCCUUGCGGCGUUCUUCGUACCGCAAAUCAUCGCCGCGUCGGGAGGCCAAUUGGCGGUCGAGGAGUUCGAGCUCCGGGCUACGCAAGGCAGUCUCCAGCGCGGCGGGGAGGUACGUGCGGUGUGGGACGGUAAAUCGGGCAGAGAAGAGGGCCGCGUCAAGCUGAGAGGAAAGGCGUUCACAGUGGCUGAGGGUACUUUCUUCCUGCGUGCCUAGGCUGGCAGGAUCCCAAACAAGAUGCGAGGAUGUGUACUCGAACAGCCCCCGGAGGUGGUGUUAUUGACCCGUGUUGCGACAGCUGGUGGGCCAAUCGCGAGGAUGGGCACCUAGUUGCCAGUCCCUUCAUGAUACCACGUUCGAGUAGAUGCACCGCGAGUAAACCGAAUGCUAAAGGAACGGAGGACGUGAUUUCCCAGCUCGCCACGAAUCGGAACGUUUCUCGAUCAGCGUACGCCCACGGCCAGGCCUUGUUUCAGCUUUGGGGCAUGGAAAAGGACCGACGACGAUGGUUCUUAUGCACGGUAGGGCUAUGAGGACGCAAACGGAUUGGUCUGAUAGCAUCCUCGGAAACGACGGAUGUCGGAUGAUGUUGCAUUAGGGAUAGAUGCACAGUAUCUUCGUCAAUAUUGGUUCUUGACGUGUAUGCGCCUCCUUUGUUCUCCUUCAAAUAUUCCUUCAAGCAUGUGAGGUCUGCCAACGAGGCUAGCAGGACCGGUCCGGGCCCGUUAU